AUGUCUGACGCCGAAUCAACCUGGGAAGCCUCAAGCGCAACAAGCAUAGCAACCCCAGAUGUCGUCGUUCCCCCGCACUUCCGUGCUGAACUUGAGUCGCUGUCCGCCCAAGAAACACUCAUGCUCAAACUCCAGUCGGACAAAACCGAUUCCCUACGGGCUCUCCACAACGAAACGGACACACUCCUCACGAAUACCAAUGUGAACCGGAGCUCUGCUGUGGACAUUUUGCGGUGGGAAGUCUUGAGGGAACGAGAGUUCGACUACGCGACGCGUCUAAUGGAGGAAUCAGUGCUGCUUGGGAAGAUGACAGAAGUUGUGCGAGAGUCGCGGCAGAUGAGAGUGGUAAUGCUGCGGAGGGAGAUGGACCUGCUCACCGAGCAGACACUGAACGAGAGGAACCAGUUGCGUGUGGAUGUGCGGAAGGAGAAGGCACUCCACAAGGUGACUAUGGCUAAGGUGGAAGCGCUCCAGAGGCAGCUGGAUGAGGAGAAGAAUCUCCAUGAGGAGACACGAUUGAUGAGGGACCAGCAGAUUUCUGAGCGGAAUGAUAAGGAGAAGGAGUUGACUUUAGAGGUCGUACACCUCCGGGCGCAGCUGAGUGAGGAGAAGAGGCUUCAUGUGGAGGCGGGAUUGGUGAGAAAGCAGCAGAUCUCUGAGCAGAAUGACAAGGCAAUUCGCGAGGUGACUUUGGAGGUCGUAUCGCUCCGGGCGCAGUUGAGUGAGGAGAAGAAGCUCCGUGAGGAGGCCCGACUAGCGAGAGACCAGUUUUCUCAGCAGAAUAAUGUACUGGGGGGACUCACUGGGGAGUCGCACAGUGAGAAUAAUGAAUUACUUGAAAAAAUAAGUAGGGAGAGGGAGAUCCGCGAGGAGAUGAAGAGCGAGAUCCGCGAGGAGAUGAAGAGCGAAAUCCGCGAGGGGAUGAAGAGCGAGAUCGAGAAGCUCCAUGCGGAGCUUCUGAAGACGAGAGAACAUCUUCGUGAAGAAAUAAAGGGCGAGAUAAAACUGGAACAGGCAGAGCAGGAAAAAUCUAGACGGGUGCUACUGGAGCAGCGAGCGAGGGAAAUGCGAGACUUGCAGCAGACAACCGCGCGCGAUUGA